UAAGUUGUGGCCCUUUCAUCGCUGUAACUUAAAAUAUGGUGGCCAACGAGGACAUUAAAAAGACUGUUAGUCAGGAGGAUGGCGAUCCAAACUCUCACAAUCCCAUGCUCUACGAUCCCCUGCAAGAUGGUGUGGUUAAGACUUCGAAAACUCGUCAAUACCUUGCGGCUCUGAUAAUUUGCUUGGGCGCGGUUGCUGCGGGUACGGCUUUAGCCUGGACGAGCCCUGUUCUUCCCAAGAUUACGGCUAAUGCUAACAGCACAGUGAUCACUAACUCAACUAUUGGUAACUUAACUAUUAGUAACUCAACAAUUGCUAACUCGACAAUUGGUAAUUUGACAAUUGCCAAUGUAACUGUUUCCACUCCGUUGCCCAGUGAGGAUCGUCUUCAACUGACUGUCGAUCAAACAACCUGGGUCAGUUCUCUGCUGGCUAUCGGUGCCUUCCUCGGUGCCCUUCCCACCGGAUAUAUAGCAGAUACAAUCGGCAGACGAUACACAGCCAUGGUCAUGGACAUGCCUUUUAUUUUGGCCUGGAUUUCAAUUAGCUUUGCCCAAUCGGCCGGCUGGCUCUACGUGGGCAGAUUUCUGAUUGGUAUAUCCACGGGUAGCUUCUGUGUAGUGGCUCCCAUGUACAUCUCGGAGAUUGCAGAGACGAGCAUUCGUGGCACUUUGGGCACUCUGUUCCAGCUGCUCCUCACGAUCGGAAUUUUGUUGGUAUAUCUGGUGGGAUCCAUGGUCACGUGGCAAACCCUAAGUAUGAUCUGUCUUUUGAUACCCAUUGCUCUGUUCUGUGGCCUGCUUAUCCUGCCAGAAACACCAGUCUAUCUACUCAAGAAGGGUCGACGUUCCGAGGCCGCUCUUUCGUUGAAGUGGCUAUGGGGUCGCUACUGUGACUCCCGUAGUGCCAUCCAGGUGAUCCAGAAUGAUCUGGAUCAAACUGUUGCGGAUGCCUCCGUCAUGGACCUCUUCAGCAAUCGUGGCUCCCGCAAGGGCCUGGUAAUCUCCGCACUUCUUAUGGUCUUCCAGCAGUUCUCGGGCAUUAAUGCGGUGAUCUUCUAUACGGAGUCGAUCUUCCAGUCGGCGGGCACCUCCCUCAAUGCCUCCCUCUGCUCCAUUAUUGUGGGCGUUGUGCAGGUGUUUAUGACCCUGGCCUCAUCCCUGCUUAUCGAGAAGGCUGGACGCAAGAUACUGCUGAUCUUCAGCAGUACGGUGAUGACCAUCUGUCUGGCCAUGCUGGGCGCCUACUUCAACAUGAGUAAUAGUGGCAAGGAUGUGUCGUCCAUUGGAUGGUUGCCCCUGCUCUGUGUGGUGCUCUUCAUUAUCAGCUUCUCGGUGGGAUACGGCCCCAUUCCCUGGCUGAUGAUGGGCGAACUCUUCCUGCCCGAUGUCAAGGGCAUCGCCGUUUCCCUUACCGUCAUGCUGAACUGGCUGUGCGUCUUUGUGGUGACUAAAUGCUUUAGCUCCAUGAACGAUGCACUUGGAUCGGAUGUCACCUUCUGGUUCUUCGGAGCCUGGAUGACACUGGCCACUAUUUACGUGGCCAUUGCAGUGCAGGAGACGAAGGGCAAGAGUGCCAGCCAAAUCCAAAAUUGGCUAAACGGUCGCUAGGGACUCCUGCAAGGGUAUCCAGGAUUUUAGAAUAGUCUAGCUAAAUGCCAUUGAACUCGUAGGUGAAUAAGCCCAAAAAAUUAAUAAUGAGAUAAAUUAAUAUCCUUGCGUAUGAGAUACAUGAUCCAUAUAACACAUAUUAACUAGGGAUGUAAAGACAAGCAAUCCUUAGGAUCUAUCUUUAAGAGGAAUGUUUACUAUUUUGUGUACUUUCUAUCUAUAAUUUAACAAUCCAAGUUAAUACAUUCUUCUCAUAUGCUCGCAAAGGUAAUAAUGUUUGGGAUCCGAUGACAUUAUCACGCAAAAAGUACAAUUAAACAUAUCUAUGUUAUAACAA